UAUUAUAAUCGAUUAUUAUUUUAUUUUUUGUUUUUAUAAGGAUUAGGCUAUUAUUUUUCUUUUGUUUUUGUUUUCUGCUAGCACGAAGAUAAAAAUCAAUUUAUCUCGUUGCCUCGUCAAAAGGCUAUAUCGAUCCUCCAUUGCUUCCUGUACAAACGACUUUUAAUGCACACCGGCAAAAUUUUCCGACGUUUUUGCUUCGUUUUGGGGAAUUAUUUCGAAGUUUUGAGGGCCGCCCAUAUUGCGGCUUAAGUUAUGAUGAGCAUCUCGGAUAUGUCAAGUAGUACUAUGGAUAGGAAAAGGAAACUGAGUUUUAUUGAUUCUGGAGGGGAGGAUAUGAGUGAUGAAGAUUUAUCAAGUGAAAGAAAUACAUCAGGAGAUGACAGCAAAAAGCUCUCAAAACAGAAUCACAGCGAGAUAGAGAAAAGAAGACGUGAGAAGAUGAACACGUAUAUACAAGAACUGAGCGCUAUGGUCCCCACCUGUAGCUCCAUGUCAUCCAAGUUGGAUAAACUUACCAUACUACGCAUGGCUGUACAGCAUAUGAAGACUUUAAGAGGUGCGUCAAGUUCUCGUAAGGAAGCAAAUUAUAAGCCGUCUUUUCUCUCAGAAGAUGACCUCAAUCCUCUUAUUCUAGAGGCUGCCGAAGGAUUUCUUUUUGUCGUGAGCUGUGACCGUGGCCGGGUUCUAUACGUGUCGGAGUCGGUGCUCAACGUCCUCAAUAUUACCUGGGAACGUUUGAUUGGCCAGAGUUUAUUCGAUAUCCUCCAUCCCAAAGACGUCCCCAAGGUCAAAGAGCAACUCUCAUCGUCUGACCUUUCACCCAGAGAACGUUUCAUUGAUACCAAGACUGGUAUGUUGGUGAAAUCGGAGAUGACGAUGUCGCCGCCUCAGCUAUCGUCAGGAGCUCGACGGUCAUUCUUUUGUAGGAUGAGGAUAUACAGCCCCGAGCAUGCAGUCAAGACAGAAGAUGGUCAGCAGUGGAAGCGGCUCAAACAACCAGCAGAUCGCAAGAAGUAUGCAACGAUACACUGUACAGGUUACUUGAAGAGUUGGCCUCCAGCGAAGGUCGGGUUGGAUAAAGACGAGAUGGAAGUCGACAUCGAUGGAUGCAAUCUCAGCUGUCUUGUCGCAGUAGCCAGAGUACAGACUAUCCAGAGCCCGAUCCCUUCCCCCAACAAUAACAUUCAACUCAAACCUAUUGAAUUUGUCUCCAGGCAUGCGAUGGAUGGUAAAUACACAUUCGUAGAUCAAAGAGCUACUGCCGUAAUGGGCUACCUUCCUCAGGAGUUGUUAGGUACCUCAUGUUACGAGUAUUAUCACAUAGACGAUAUAUCUAUAAUGGCAGAGUAUCAUAAAACAGUACUGUCGAGUCGAGAGAAGAUCUUAACAAGUUCUUAUCGCUUCAGAGCGAAGAAUGGCGAGUUUAUUCUUCUCCGAUCACGAAUGUUCACCUUCCGGAAUCCUUGGACCAAGGAAAUCGAAUACGUUGUCUCUACCAAUACAUUAGUUAACAAAGAGGAGGCCAUCCCAUCUAACAGCAAUGAAUGUGGUCCAACAACCAAAGAUCAGGAAUCAUCACAGCUCCAAUCCCUGAUCACCAACCUGAGUAAGUCAGCGGCUAUACCUGGUGUAUCUACCAACAACACUCACAUGGGAGCAGGGAAGAUCGGCUGGAAGAUCGCCGAAGAGGUCAUGGAAGCGGAAAGAAUAAAUGAAGUUUCAUCGAGUGGCUGGGAGUCUAAGGACGCUAGUCCUGUUGUGGUAGAUUCCCAAGGCAUCACUGGAGAUGCUGUAUCAUCCAUGGGUUCUGAAACCAACAAGGUGUCGUCCAGGGAGGUCCGGAAAAGCAGCGGCAACAUCCCUGGUGACCCUAAACCAGAGAAGAUGCCCACCACGGUCAAGACUGGCCAGUCAUUCCUCAACAAUAGUUCAGUAGUAUGCGGUGACCAGACAAACACCACAGGGAACCUACCGCAGAAUCCCUUCGCGGAGGUGUCCUCGGCCGCAGGAUUGUCUACGGCAGCUCUUGCUGCGGAACUCAGUACACCCGGUGCUGCUGCAGCCGCAGCGGCAAAGGUGAAGGAGAUGGGUGGGGACGAUGAAGCAGCCAUGGCGUUUAUUAUGAGCUUACUAGAGGCUGAUGCUGGUUUGGGUGGGUCGGUAGACUUUAACGAUCUUCCGUGGCCUCUUUGAUGGGAUGGAGACUUCCUGUCCGAACAAACUUGCCUUGAACUGUACCUUGUCAUACCUUGGAGUGAUCUGUUUUUUGGAGGCUAAAGGUCAGCUUGAGCGGUAGUCACUAAGAGAACAUUGGGAAAGAGUCUUAAUGAAGUUGCAUCAGGAAUGAAGUUUCAUCAGGAAAGGGUCAUAAAAAAGUUUCAUCAGGAAAGAGUCUUAAAGUAACACUUCGUGGCGGAGGACUUCGGGGAAAACGACUACAAGGUACAAUGUAAAGAAGUUUUAUCAGGAAAGAGUACAUGUAAAUGUGAAGUUUUAUCAGGAAAGUGUACAUGUAAAUGUGAAGUUUUAUCAGGAAAGAGUCUUCAUGAAGAGUCUUCUUGAAAGAGUCUUCAUGAAAGAGUCUUCUAAUGUCAUCAGGAAAGAGUCCUUAAUGAAAUUUCCUUGGGAAAGAGUCUUCAUGCAGAUCGUGCCUUCUGACCUGCCUCACCCGCAUCCUUUGGAGUCAAGGUCCUUCUGCCCCUUCUUGAUUGCUGUCCCACCAACCAUCUCCUAUCGUCUGCAGAUCAACCUUUGUCCAAGCAUGUCUCUACCAAAGGAAUUCUGUGACCACCCCAUUCCAAGUAAUUAAUCUUAUUUUGAAGACCAUUGAUGUCAGUAUCCAUUAUUAAGAAAUGGAUUUGAUGGAGAUAUUUUUUCGAACUGAAGUAAAUGAGAGUCACUGUUGUUAUUCGUCUUCAUGUUGUGUGUCAAAGAAAUUAUUUACCAAAAGGGCGUAGGUGUCAGCCAGUGUGUUGGUACACCGUAUGAAUGGAUGAAGGUGCUCCUGUAUGGGCACUAUGGAUUUUUUUUUCUCAAAGAACAGGGAAUCUGAUGAGGGUUUAUGUGAACUGGACAAUCCUGUCAUUCUCACUUGGAUGGGCAUUGUCGGGCAUCAGCUAGUGAGUGGGCCCUUUCACAUUAGGCUAGAAGUCUAUGAUCAUGCUACUCUCAUCAUUCAUAUUACACGGCCAAGGAAAAAGUUCCCUUCAGUCAGAGCGAAAAGCCUUGGGGUAUAAUAUUUUCAUAUUGAAAGACAUCGUCAACUGCCAUGAAUUUCCAUGGUACUAUAUAUUUAUUAUAUCAACUCUUUUUGUCUCACUUCACUAUAAUUUGUGUAAUAUAGUCAGUGUGUGGGCUUUUAAUUGCCUUAAUGACAUUUUGUGACCUCACAAUAUACCAUGGUUUAUAUUUACAUGUAAAGUCAAUGCAAAGAUUGUGAAGUAUAUUUUGUGUACGGUACAACUUCAUGAACAUGUGUGUAUUUUUUCAGAGCACCAGGUAUAUAUAUAUUCACAUUAAUGUUUUUUUUUUUUUCAUUUUAGAUGAAAGUCUUGUAUUUGAAUUGGUUGACUAAUCAGGCAUUACAAGAAACUUGCGAUCAAUUGCAAGUCUAUUUUCAGUCCCCAGAGCAAUCAUAAGUUUCGAAAUUAAUUUCAAAUUAAUUGCUAAUCUGCUUCUUGAAUCAAAGAGUGAAAUCUGAUUUGCUAGAGUUGAAAUUGAUCUAUCCUUUGUAAAAUUGCAACAGAAUAUUUGCACUUGAUUGCAAAUAUUUUCUUGCAACAACCCCUAAUCCUCUGUGCUUACAAUCUCCAAAGACUAAGUACCCAAAUAUUUGGUACUAUGUGAGAUAGAGAUUGUGUUAUAACUAUGUGUAAAAGUAUGCAUUUAUUGCACUUAAACCUGUCUAAACCUCUAGAAAAGUGUCAAUGAUACUCAAGUAUCUUCUAACAUUCCAAUCUUUCAGAGGUGUAAUGGCCAUCUUUUAACCGUCAAUUUCUUUUGAAAACUUAGAUGCCUCUCUCUGUAUUUUUUUUAAAAUUCUCUUUAAAAAAAAAAGGGGACACUUCCAACACUUCAUAUCUUACGAAUUUUCUUAUUGGAUAUUAGAAAUCUACAAAGUGGUCUUAUAAUAAAAAAAGGAGAAAUAUAUGCAGGUAUUUCAUUUUGAUCCUGCACCAAACCUUAAAGGAGAAUGAAACCCUUGAAACCAGCUGAAUCCAUAUCAAAGAGAAAAAUCAAAGAAACAUAUUGUUGAAAGUUUGAGGAAGAUUGAAUGAAUAAUAAGAAAGUUAUGAGCAUUCGAAUAUUGAGAUCACUAGUGCCAUGUAGAUCCUCCCAACGGCAAUGCGACCAAGAUCUGUGAUAUCACACACGUACAACUCCCUCAUUACUUUAGUACUUAUUUCACUUAUAUUCUCACUUUUAUAGAGUCUAUCACAAGGUGAGGUGUUGUUCUCUUUAUGAGAGGACAAGUACAGAGGUUUCACAACAUUAUAUCAUUGAUGAAUCGUUUGUCAUAUGAUUAGAAUGAGCAAAAAGAGAUGUUUUGGGGUAUAUUUUCAGUGUCCAAAUGGGAGAGUUGUACGUGUGUGACAUCACAGAUCUUGGUCGCAUUGCCAAUGGGAGGAUCUCCAUAGCAUUAGUGAUCUCGACAUUCAAAUGCUCAUAACUCUUUUAUUGCUAGUCCUAUUUUACUCAAAGUUUUGUUGAUCUUAUUCUUUGAUUUUUCUGCUUUCACAAAAGCUGACUUGCUCCAAGAGUUUCAUUCUCCUUUAAUUCAAAUGUAAGGUGAAAUAAAAUGCAAAUACCCACAAUACAUUUUUUUUUAUAUGAUUUAUUCCCUCCACUCAUAACUGAGGUCCAUUUUACAAAAACUUGUUGUUAGAACAAAUGCACAAUUUUUAUAGCAAUUUUACUAUCAGCAAACCAAAUUGAAUGAUUUCAGUAGCUUUAAAAUUUUACUACAAAUGUGUUAUAUUGUAACAAGUUUUUGAAACAAGCCACUGUUUCAGGCAUACACAUUUGUAUGAUCUAGCUUUGGAAAAUGGACACUUUUUAUUUGGGUGGGGGAUGCAGUAAAGUCAGUUUCUUAGAAUUAUUAUUAUUUGUUUGUCGUCACCUGUGCCUGGGAGGCGAAAAGAGAACUGAAUCACUGUGGCCUGCAGGUCUCUCCUGAUAUAACUGAUUGGGGGAGUGCAGGUGGACCACUACACCGGGGUAUCCCCCUACUCUUAUACGAAUAGUGCAGUGGGUUCUUAACGUGCAAAGGUGGUGACUCUCCUCUACCUGGGGCCUCCAUUCAACAUCCUAUCUGAGGGAUGGAGUGUUUUCCACUGUAACAUAGCCUGCAUCUAUGGAACAGGGGAGAGAUGUUUACACACAACGCACUGGCUUCAGUCAUCCGCCCAGGGGUGGACUCGAACCCAUGAUCUUUGGUUCGACAGGCAGACCCUUUACCGACUGAGCCAACUUCGCUCUCAAAUUGUUGUCCUUUUUGAAAAUAGAUGAGAAAAUGUUAAUGAUACUGCUUGUGCCUGGUGAUAUAUGUGUCUUAAAUUUGAAAGUACUUUUAUUUCCAGAAACAAAAUGUAAGUGGAAGCCUUUGUGCGAGUUGUCAGCCAUUUUUCUAAAACCGUGGCGAAAUGGAACCCCCUAAUCCUCUGUGCUUACCAUCUCCAAGGGCUAAGUCCCAAAAUAUUUGGUACUAUGUGAGGUAGAGUUUGUGUUCUUGCUAUGUUUCAAGUAUGCAUUUAUCACAUCACCGCCUUUAAUUUCUAUGGCCCGUAUUCUGAAGUCGGGUUUAACUUAAACUGAGGUUUAAAGUUGUGGUUUAAGUAUGGACAGCCAAUUGUUACAUAAUCACUAACAGUAGAGAUAUCAUACUUCAGCUCAUUCGGCUCUCAAAUCAUUCAUAAUUGUGUAGGAAGUAUAAAUAGAUGAUUGUCUUCACCAUCGAUGAAUCAGGAAAGAGCACAGUAAACAUAAGAAACAUACAACUUAAUAAAAAUUUUGAUACUUUUGGCUUCCCAUACUUAAACUACAACUUUAAACCUAAGUUUAGGUUAAACCCGACUUCAGAAUACAGGCCUAUGAAAACAAGGCCAUUUACAGAUGUACAUGACCUGUACUCUUAGACCAAGUAUCACUUAGGCCAUGGUCUAACUCUGCUAAAAUUAUGGGAAGCUAAAAAUUUCAAAUUUCUUAUACACACAAUCUGCCUCCAUGGGAAUCAGUUUUAGUGGUCACUAUAGGCAGGUGGCCGCUAUAGAGAGGUAGCCACUAACACAGGUUUGACUGUAUUUUGUAUUCUACAUAUAAGCACUGGUGGUCACCUUUUUUGGAUUCAAUUUUAACUAACAUUAAGAUUGUUACCACAACUGGUGUUUAUAUUAAACAACCAAAGACAAUUAACAUAACAAUGAGAGUGACAAUUUGAUGGCAAAGUUACGAUAGUGAUUUAUUUUUUUAUUUGCAAAGGGGGGGGGGGGGGUGGUCCAAAUAAAAUCUUAUACUAAAGAAAUCUAUGUGAAGUGCUCAGAUCAUUCAUUAAGAAAAUCAUGUUGCAAAACGGCUAUAUUUGUAAAAUACAAUAUCAAAGAUAUUUUAUGUUGUUGGUACGAUUUCUAUACUGGUAUAUAUUUUGAUGAUAAGUAUUUUGUACACAAAGAAUUUUAUUCCACUUUCAUGUAUUGUAAUAUUGAGUGUGUGAACAUUUGUGUCAUAUUAUAUAAGACGUGAGCAAUGUGUACAGGUUGAGUUAUAUUUCUGCAGAUUAAAGGAGAAUGAAACCCUUGAAACCAGCUGAAUCCAUAUCAAAGAGAACAAUCAAAGAAACAUAAUGUUGAAAGUUUGAGGAAGAUUGAAUGAAUAAUAGGAAAGUUAUGAGCAUUUGAAUAUUGAGAUCACUAAUGCCAUGUAGAUCCUCCCAUUGGCAAUGCGACCAAGAUCUGUGAUGUCACACACGUACAACUCCCUCAUUACUUUAGUACUUAUUUCACUUAUAUUCUCACUUUUAUAGAGUCUAUCACAAGGUGAGGUGUUCUCUUUAUGAGAGGACAAGUACAGAGGUUUCACAACAUUAUAUCAUUGAUGAAUCGUUUGUCAUAUGAUUAGAAUGAGCAAAAAGAGACGUUUUGGGGUAUAUUUUCAGUGUCCAAAAGGGGAGAGUUGUUCAUCUGUGACAUCAUAGAUCUUGGUCGCAUUGCCAAUAGGAGGAUCUCCAUAGUAUUAGUGAUCUCGACAUUCAAAUGCUCAUAACUCUUCUAUUGCUAGUCCUAUUUUACUCAAACUUUUGUUGAUCUUAUUCUAUGAUUUUUCUGCUUUCACAAGAGCUAACUUGCUCCAAGAGUUUCAUUCUCCUUUAAAUUCUCCAGACUCAUCGGCCUGUAUGGUGAACUCGAGUACAAUUAUGUCCCAUCCCAACUUUGAAAGAAUUCCAGUUUAAUUGGUUUUUUUUUAAAGUAAAAAUGUGUGAAGAAUCAAUGGAAAGAGGUUCCCUCAUUUAUUUUGAUUUAAAAUGACAGAAAGAAAAUAUGUGGGAAUAUUAAUGUAUUAUUUUGAUUUAUACAUUGUAUUUUGUAAUAAUCUUGUUCUGAAUAUAUUUGAUUGAUUGCAAUGUUCAAUAUCUGGCAAGUUGUAAGUAACGCCAGGGCCACGUCUUACAAAGAAUUACGAUUGAUCCGAUCAAUCUCAACAAUAUGGACAUCCACCACUGCAAUUGUCUUUUCUAAUAAGGGAAUGGCAAUGAAUUUUCAAGAAAAAAAAUGUAUGAAUAUACAUUAGAUCUAGAAUAUAUUUUGAACAAAUAACAAUUUUAGAUGUUGACAUUGCUGGCUUUCCACAGUUGUGGUUGAGUGGAUCUAUCGUAACUCUUUGUAAGACGGGGUCCAGGGCCCUAUAAAAGUUGGCAAUCAAUUGCUACAUGCCAGUGACUGAUCAAGAUGAGCGUGGCAUGCUCAUUUUGCUUAAAGACAUUGACAAGGGUCUAAUUACAGUAGUUUUUUUUAUAUUUUCAAUUCAUCGCAAACUCUUGUGUCACUGGGCCUGCCACGCAGUUUGUUGAAACUUUGAAAAGAAGAAAACGAUAUAUUUUAUUCUCUUUGCAUUUUAAGUGUGUGAAUUAUUGAGUAUAGGUGCUUUAUAUGUUCAUUGGUGUAGUAAACUGAACAGGUUGUUUUGUUGUCAAUUUAUGAUCAGGAAAAUGAAAUUUCCUUUAAUGAUUAUCUUGGCUGUGAAAACCUGUGUAUGAGAAAUUACCUGUAAGGAAUAACUGACAUUAUUUACAUUACACUGUGGUAUCAUUUGUGUUUACCAUGGAUUCAACUGUUUUCAAAUAAUUUGAAAAUAAUGCAUGAUUUCCCAGAUAAUGAUUAAAUACAUUGAAAGUAUUGACAUUGUAGACUAUUAUAGAUAUAGGAAAGUAGGAAGAUGGGAAUGGUCAUUUUGAACUAUCUAAUUCUUUUCAUGAUAUGAAGAUAGAAUUUCAUUCAAAUGCCAUCACAUUGAAAGUAUAGUGAAUAAAGAGUUGAAACUAUUACCCAGACUAUGUAGUUUUCGUAAAUUUAAGUCCCACACAUUCUUAUCUGUGUGCGGAUUGAGUCAAAAGUUUUAUCAUGAACACCAGUUCUUUGGUGCAUUGUUAUCAGCCAUUUUACAAUAAUUUUGACACAGUUUCCUCUAUAAUUUGAAUUUGAAACUAGGGGGUGUUUCACAAAGAUAUAAGUAUGACUUUAUAAUAGGUCGCACUUAAAUGAAGACACAUACAUGAUAUGCAACGCACAAUCUUAUUGAUCAAUACACAGUAGUGUGCGUCCUCCAGCAUGAUCUGACCGAUGCAGUCAUGCCUUUUAUACUGCACGCAGCUAGACAUUUAAGUGCGACUCUAGGUCAUACUUAAAUCUUUGUGAACCACCCCCCCUGAACUCUUAACUUUAAUUACAUGUACUACACACAUUGUUUAAUUUUUAUGUAACGACUGACCUUGAGAAUCAUCAUUUGCCAUGUGACAUGUAUUAUAAUUAGGUAAUCCUAAGAACCCUGUCGGUGGCGAAUCCAGGUAGGGGGGUACGUCCGAACCGUGCCCCCCCCCCCCCUUUGAGAGGCACACAAAAUAUUUUUAGGGGGAUAUGUCAUGGUUAAAUUUUUCUCUGAACCAAUGAACUCCAUUUUGGAGUGAAAAACGUUUUCUUUUUGCUUAUCAAAUUUUUCUUGUAGAAAAUAUGCCCCUCCUUUUGGAAAAUCCUGGAUCCGCCCCUGAUCCCUAAGUACAAUUGAUUGAUAAUUGAUCUGAACUUGCUAUUACUAAAGUUCCACAAAUGUUUCAAUGGGAACAUCAAUCUCCUUUAGAUGGUAGAAAGUGUCUGCAUGCUCCAGGUUUCGGAGGCUUCUGUCCUCCCUCCCCCCCGGGGGCAAAAAACAAAAACAAGAAAGGCGCACUUUGUUUUGAUCUAUCUCACACUUUGAACAAAGCAUUGAGCCAUGUAUGAUGCCAAUUGUCAACUCCCGCAUCUAGUGAACAAAUAUGUACGGCCGCCAGAGGAGGUGGUCUUGACAUUGAUGGAUAUCUUUGGUCACAUGACAGGGUUUAGACCAAUCGCCUGCCACAGAUUAUUAUGAUGGAUAUAAUGAGAGAUAUCACUCAACAAGCAGGAAGUCUCCAGAAUUUUCCGGCUCCGCGCCACUCAAAAGUCUCAGAAACCCGGUUCAGACACUUUCUUCAACCUGGAGAGAACUGGGCCCCGUCUUACAAAGAGCUACGAUUGAUCCAAUCAACCUAAUCUGUAUGGAAAUUCAUCAAUGGCGUAAUUUUUUUCAACAGGAGAUUUGCACAAUGUCCUUUGUAAAGAAAGACAAGUCCACUGGACUUUCAAGGAAACAAUGAAUGUGUGAAUAAUAAUAAUAAUAGGCAUUUAUAUAGCAUCAUCUAUCUAGAAAUAUUCUAUUCCGAGGCGCGUUGCUAUUAUUAUUAUUACCCCGGCUUUAUCUCGAGCUGCCUCUCAGCACUCAUGCAUUCAAGGAAUUAAUCCUGCCGGGUACCCGUUUACCUCACCUGGGUCGAGUGCAGCACAAUGUGGAUAAAUUUCUUGCUGAAGGAAAUUACGCCAUGGCCAUCAUAUCUAGGAAACAUUUUGAACAAACAUACAUUUUAGUCUAAAAUGUACAUUUGUUCAAAAUUUUUAGGUGUUGGCUUUGAUGGCUUUCCGUAAUUGUGGUUCAGCAGAUCAAUCGCAACUCUUUAUAAGAUGGGGCCCUUAUGUCCAUGUUGAAAUGUAUUUAGUUGUAAGCUUUGAUCAUCCACUCAUUAUUUUUCAGGAGAUAUAACUAUUGAAUUCAUCACAGGUGUCUAGCUAUCAUAUAUUUUCUUUGGUAUAUAUUGAAACACAGAGUUGUACGAAUGUCUUUAUAUGUAUCUAUGUUUUGUUUAUAUUUGUUGACAAAUCAUGUGCAUUCUUACCUGUACAUAGGAAAUAUUAAAGAAAAGAAUUCAUAUUCUAAAUGUCGGAAUAA